AUGUACCAGGAUCUCAAUUGGGGUGAUUCCUCGCCCUGGUCCCUGCAUCACCUGGAAACACCAAAAGAUGUUUGCAUCGUCAAUUCUCAAUCACAAAAUGUUCUUGACAUUUUACCAACCAAACCAAUACUCGAUGGUCUCAUUGAAGCAUUCUUUAGCGACAUAAACCAUCACCGCAGCAUAAUUCAGCCCACAACCUUUAUCUCACAUUACAUCCAAUGGUCAGCCUCAUCAGAUACAGAAAAAUAUCAGGAUGCGCAAUUUACCACUCUCGUUUUAAUGAUGUGCGCAUGCGUGGCCCCACAAUCACCCGACUACCACGCAGCCGCUCACCGAGUCGCCGUCUCGAUACCAGCAGGUUCAUAUAGCCUGACAAGUCUUCAAUGGAAGAUUUCGAGUAUAUGCUGGUUACAAGGUGAAGCUCGGUUCGUUGAGGCGUGGCAUACCAUCGGGCUAGCGAUUCAGGAAGCGUAUGAGUUGGGGUAUCAUGAAGCGAAAACAAAUUCAAGAACGGGGAGGCAGAUUUGGAGAGUUCUGCAAUGUUGGAAUUGGGAGUUGUCGCUUAUCCUUGGGAGGCCAAUGAUUAUGAAUGACAUUGACUCCGAGGCUGAUGCGGAUGAUUUGAGCACUGCACCGCCCUCGCCUACGCUUUCGACAAGGUUGCAGUAUCAUCUUGUGUCGUCGCUUUCGAAGAAGUGGCAUACACCACAUCGUGUCGACUCACCAGCUGAGAUUCGCGCGCAUACGAAAAUAGUUGAGGAGUACAUCUCUUCUCUGCCACCAGUAUUCAACCUCACCAACACGGAUACAUCCAACGAUAAAAAAUGGCCCUGGCUCGUAUCGCAUCGCUACUACAUCCAAGCGAUGGCCUACUUCAUCAUCCUCCAACCAUACAAAACCUACCUCUCCAACCCCGCAAAUGAAUCAACGCCAAAGAUGAGAGAAGAAGCCGUGCAUUACUCCGUGAAGGCACUUGACAUAGCAACGCGCUGGUCGUCACGAGCCAUGGAAGGGAACGAUCAAUUCCACAUCAUUGUUUUGUGUUUAUUCGACACAGCUGCAUUUUUGAGCACAUCAUUGGUCAGCGAUGGAGAUGCUGUUGAAAAGGCGAGGCGGACGCUUGAGCGAUUAGGUAGGAUUUCACAGGGUGCAAAGACUUCGCAUGUUCUUCUUUGUCGCAUAAUGAAGGGAAUGAAUGGCAAGAAAUAA